UAGAGGAAGAAAUAGAAUAGAAUUGGAAUGAUUUUACCUAUAAAUACUAUUAUAUAGACAAAUAUAGAAGUGGAUUGGAGAGGCUCUUAGAACUUAUAUUAUUGGUUUUAUUACCACUAAUAAUUCGAAGAUAAAUACGGAUUUAAAAAGAAAAAGGAAAUAGAGAGAACUUAUAACAUAUACCAGAAUGUCUACACUAAUUAAAAAAAUAAAGACAAUUGGAAAAUUUCCUUUUUAGGUGUCCGUGUGAGAAAAGGUGAAGGAAACGCUAUAUAAACAGAGUCCCUACUACUAAACCCUUUCACAGCCUCCCUCGUCACCACUAUCUUCUUAUUGUUGUUUAUAUAUAUUUCUCCAGAGAGAUUGAUUCAUCGCCAAGAAAAAGAAAAGAAAACAGAAAUCUAUUUUCGAGGAAGAUGGCGACCAAUGAUGAUGAUGCUAACAAACGCAGCGAGGGAGAGAAGAGAUGCUUUGAUCUUUUUGCGACGCUGCUUCACGCUUUUGGCGACGAUGAAACAAGAGCGAGACGAGGACAACAAGAACAAGCGAGAAACAUGCUCAUGAUCCACACUAUUACUACUGCUGCCACCAACACUUUCUUGCGAGGCAAGCGAAAGAUUGAUGAUGAGUGCAAGAAUCAAGAAAACACUGCUUCGUCUUCUUCUUCUACGUCAAGUUUGGUGGAGUCCAAGAGGCGUCGUGUGGAGUCCGAAGACGAACCCAUCAGAGCAGAACCAAUUAGAGAAAUCAAACCUCCGGUUAAGGAAAGAAAGGGACCGGUUAAACAAAAGGGACCGGUUAAACAAAAGGAACCGGUCAGAAGAGAGCCAGAGGUGACGCCUGGAUGGUUGGUUGAACUGAUGAGUAAAAAAAACGGUGUGGAUGCGAAGCUGGUGGUAGAGAAGGUGAUUACAAAGACAGAUCUCAAAUCAGACCAAGGACGUCUCUUGAUUCCCUUUAAACAAACAAUAGAGGACUUCUUGAACGAGAGAGAGUUGAACAUCGUAGAGAAGCAUCACAGAGCAGAUCGAGAUGAAGGAUUUAAAGGAGUUGACGUGAUCUUGUUGAAUGGUAACGAUGCUGAGCUGCAAUGGAACGCUAACCUGAGGAUAUGGGAGAUGAGGAGCAGUUUCAACUACGCAUUGUGUUCUGGUUGGAACCAGUUCGUCAAGGAAAACGACCUAGAGGUAAACCAGACUCGUCGCCUCUGGUCCUUCCACUCUCGAGAUGGGCAGCUCUAUCUUGCUUUCAAUCCUCUCACUCCAGCUCAACCACAAGAUCAAGAUGAGGGUAUGGCUCUAGCUCUGGUUCCAUUUAAUCCUGAAGCUUCAUCUUCAUCCAUGGGUUCGUUUGUGUGUGAAGAGGCAAACAUGAGACUUUUACCUAAAAUUCGAAGGAGUAGCAGAACUCCUCGUGUUUGUGUUUCAGUUCCAACAAGUGACUCCAGCGAUCUCUACCUCGACGAGGGUUUGGAUUUAAACAGAACACCACCUGAAGAGUGCACUGAGAUGGAUCCUGAUCUCGAGGCUGUACAAGAGACGCAUAUUAGGUGGACAUCACAGGAAGCCAUCACAGAGACCUCAGUAGUAUCCUUCACAGAGACGACCACGGUGGACCUCGAGCUCCGGUUGUAACUAGAGAUUCCUGGGAAAACAGCUCUGCUAUGUGAUUUGGUCUUUGUUUAUUCUUAGCCCUAGCUCUCUCUCUAUUGCCGUGUCAUGCAAGUAUAUUCUUUUAGGCAUUCAAAUGAAUUUUUUGGUUUUUCUAUUUUCCUUAUUGUUGAGUGUUGUAGCUACCUUGAUCGUGUUGCUCAAAAAAAAAAGCUACCUUGAUCGUAUGAAUGGAUGAUAUACAAUGUUUAUUUUUGGUAAUUUGCAUUUCAAACUGGUUUGACUAUGUUGAUGAAUAAAUGCUUUAACCAGACUAGACCGGAAUAAACCAAUUAAUUACACAAGGAAAAAUAAUCCAGCCAAAUUCAAUGCAGCACAGAAACAACACUUGAUGGGAACAAAUAAAUAGACUUCAGUUAGUCAUAAUCAGAAGAGAAAUGUACUCUCAUAGAAUUCAGAGACGAAUAUGAAACUUUUACUCAACAA